AUGGAUGGGCAACUCUGGGGAAAUACUCGGAGCGUUGUCGGGUCGAAGACGAUGUCUGCAGCGGGCGGAGAGGGUUGGUUUUCUUUCAUUAGACAAUUACUAGCACCGAAUUUAGCACAGAAACAUUUUUUACCUCAUGGAGCUGAACAGGUUUCCAAACAAGAAAUUGAACAUUGUUACUAUCACGGAACUGUUAAGGAUAUUCCUGGUGCCACAGCUGCGUUUCAUACAUGCAAUGGAGUAGCCGGAGUCAUACACAUUGGCAACGAAACGUUUAUUAUUCAUCCAUUUUACGGUGGAGACUUGUCGAAACAUCCUCAUGUGAUAUUUGAGGCACGGGACAAGGCUAAACGCGGAUGUGCCAACGACUUGCGGCCGGAUAGGAAAAACAAAUACACCAACGGUUUUACCGGUGGACGGUUCCGGAAAAAGCGACGACUAAAACGGGACGUCAGAGAAGUGACCAAGUACAUAGAGACCGCUCUCGUGUUGGAUAAGGCUAUGUUCGAAAUGAGAAAUGGCAGCUCCAGAUCUGAAGUAAUCACCGACGCCAUUCAAAUCGCAAACAUAGCUGAUUUAUAUUUCCGAACGAUAAACACCCGAGUGUCGGUAGUCUAUAUUGAAACGUGGCAAGGGGCCAACCAGGCACUAAUUGAUAAAAACAAAGAAAUUAGCACUGCAUUGCUCAAUUUUAACGAAUACUCGUCACACGCACUAUUCAACAUCGGCAAAGACACUGCUCAACUACUAACUGGAGAAUAUUUUGUGGGCGGCGAGACGGGGAUGGCUAUCCAUGGGACCGUGUGCACAGCAAAGUCCGUGGGCAUCAGCGUGGAUGUGAAUGCCUACGAACCUCACAUCAUAGCUGGUUCGAUGGCACACAUGAUCGGACACAACGUGGGAAUGGGCCACGAUGACAAGAGAGAAGAAUGUUACUGUCGCGAUUGGCAUGGUUGUAUCAUGCAACAAUCGAUCGUGGGCAUGGAGAAUAUUCAGCCGUACAAGUUUAGCGAUUGCAGCCUCAACGAUUACAUAGACGAAUUUCGGGAAACUCGAAAUAUGUGCUUGCUCAAUAAACCAAAUGAGGCCACUAAUUUACAACAAAAAUGCGGUAACAACAUAGUGGAAGACAACGAAGAAUGCGAUUGUGGUGGGUUCGACAACUGCCAAAAGAAUGAUCCGUGUUGUGAUCCGAUCACGUGCAAACUGAUAAAAGAAGCCGAAUGCUCGGCGUCUGGGACUUGCUGUAGUGAUUGCAAGUUUCUGGCAGUGGGUACACUGUGCAGGGCGUCCAACAACGAGUGUGACUUACCGGAAACCUGCACUGGUGACAGUGGCCAAUGUCCCGCGGACAUGUAUAAAAAGAAUGCCAGCCCUUGUGGUACGGAAAACGGCUUCUGUUACAUGGGCGAGUGUCCCACGCUCAACGACCAAUGUGAGCAGAUUUGGGGUUAUGGCGGGGUGUCAUCGGACAGACAGUGCUACGACGAAUUCAACACCAAGGGAUCGAUGAGUGGACAUUGCGGUAUGGUAGAAGAGGCUGGUACUACCACGUACUUAAAAUGUGAUCAAAAAAACGUGUAUUGCGGAUUAUUGCAAUGUCAAAAAGGUACCAAAUAUCCUCAAAACGCGUCAGCACCGAGGUACACCAAAACAUUAAUCUCCAUAGAUUCUAAGGAUUAUGAGUGCAAGUCGACGAGUGGUUCCAAAAUAUUUAGCUUAGUUCAGGACGGAACUCCGUGCGGUGAUAAUCUAAUUUGUAUCAAUCAAACGUGCACGAGUAUGAAUCCGUAUAUCGAUACACACAAUAAAUGUCCCAGUAAUCAUAAUAAUUUAGAGUGCUCUGCACACGGGAUUUGCUCAAAUUUAAACCAGUGUUUCUGUGAUAAUGGCUGGACAGGAAAUGACUGUUCUAUCCAGUUAGAAAUUUCGCCUACUUCCCCAAACUCCGACACUGUGACACUGUCGCCGGAGGAUGCAAAAAAAGCUAAAUCCGAUCUGGAAAGCAAAAUGAUCAUGAAAGAAACUCCAUAUGGUAAGAUACAACAUAUUGAUAAUUAA